AUGUCCCCCGCCGUACCUCCCACGUCAUACGCCGGCAUUGGCUAUAAAGACAUUGAAAUCUCUCAUGUACCCGCAAAUGCCCCUGAGGCGACCCAGGUCCUCGUGGUAGCCCUCAACCGCCCAGGCAAAUUCAACGCCGUGACCGAGAAUCUACUCAAUGAACUGGAGGCUGCCUAUCGUCUGUUUGAUCAAGACGAACGUGUCAGAGCUAUCGUGCUGACUGGAAAUGGAAGAGCCUUUUGUGCUGGGGCUGACCUCGCUAUUGGCUUCUCCGGCCUACUCGCCUACAAGGAGACCGAGGAAUCCAUGACGAAAUUCAGGGACCAAGGCGGUCGCGUGGCGCUUGCAAUCUCCCAUUGCACCAAGCCUACCAUUGUGGCGCUGAACGGCUCAGCUGCUGGGGUCGGUCUCACGUUGACGCUUCCAGCUUGCAUCCGAGUCGCCUGGGCAGAUGCCAAGAUUGGUAUUCCAUUCUCUCGCCGAGGCCUAACUCUCGAAAGUUGCAGUGCAUUCUACCUGCCACGUUUGCUCGGACUCUCCAAAGCCAUGCACUUGGCCACAACGGGCGCAACAUACAUCGCGUCGGAUCCUCUCGUCAGCGGGCUAUUCUCGAAGCUCCUGCCAACGCCUCAGGAAACAGUGUCUCAUGCAAUUGAACUUGCUCUCGACAUUGCAGAGAACACCUCGCUGUCCAGCACCAAGCUCAUGCGGGACAUGAUGCUGUACUGCCCGGAAACGCCGGAGCAGACGCAUGUGCUGGACUCCCGAGUCUUCAUUUCUGUUGUUGGUUCCAAGGACAAUAUGGAGGGUGUCGGCAGCUUUAUGGAGAAACGGAAAGCAAAAUUUAGUGGCAGUGUCGAUAAGGAAAACUUUCCAUUUUGGCCGUGGUGGAGUGCUGAGAGUGCUGAGGGUACUCCUCGAGCUAAGAUCUAA